GGUCGGGAGCGCGCAGUCCAGUCAGACGGGCGGAGUGCGGUCAGGACAGGGACGGUGAUGGCUGCCUCGGCGGUGAUCUCCUUGUUGUUGCUGGCGGCGGUGUCCGCCCAGGGCGCCUAUGUUGAGGCAUUGGCAGCCAAUACUGGAGCUGGAUUUGCAGUUGCAGAACCGCAAAUUGCUAUGUUCUGUGGGAAGAUGAAUAUGCAUGUCAACAUUCAGACUGGAAAAUGGGAACCUGAUCCUUCGGGAACCAAAAGCUGUCUAGAAACCAAAGAAGAGUUUCUGCAGUACUGUCGAGAGGUUUAUUCAGAGCUUCAAAUUACUAAUGUGGUGGAAGCAAAUAAACCAGUCAGCAUUGAUAACUGGUGUAAAGUGGGAAAGAAACGGUGUCGAGGUCACACUCAUAUGGUGAUUCCUGUUAAAUGUCUGGUUGGUGAGUUUGUAAGUGAUGUGCUAUUGGUACCGGAAAAAUGUCAUUUCUUCCACAAAGAACAAGUGGACGACUGUCGAAGUCACCAGCACUGGCAGAGCGUUGCCAAAACGGCUUGUGCUGCUGCGUCUAUGAAUCUUCACAGCUAUGGAAUGUUACUUCCAUGUGGCAUCGAUAGGUUUCGUGGCACUGAGUAUGUUUGCUGCCCUCAAAACAAAAUUGAUGAUGUGAGCUCUGAAAAGCCUGACCUUCAGAAUCUGGAUGAAGAUGAAGAGGAUGAAAUUCCUGGAGUCAGCAAAGAGGAGUCUGCUGAAGUUGAGAAAAUGGCUUUUGAGGAGGAGGAAAAUGAUGACCUGAAUUAUGUCUACUCUGAAGAAGAUGAGUACAAUGAAGAUUGGGAGGAGGAAAGCAGUGAGGAGGAACUGUACAAAAAAGACGUUGUCAGUGAUGUGAAAGUUGUCUGCUCUCAGGAGGCUGUGACUGGUCCCUGUCGGGCCAUGAUGCCUCGCUGGUAUUUCAACGUCAACGAGAAGAAAUGUUUUCGGUUCACCUAUGGAGGUUGUGGAGGCAACAGAAACAAUUUUGAGUCCGAGGAAUACUGUAUGGCUGUAUGUAAACAAAUGAUUCUCUCAACUCCUCAACCGGCAGAUGAAGUGGAUGUUUAUUUUGAAACACCCGCAGAUGAAAAUGAACAUGCACGUUUCGCAAAGGCAAAACAGCAACUCGAGGUCAGACAUCGUGACCGCAUGGAUAAGGUGAGAGAGGAGUGGGAAGAAGCUGAACGACAAGCGAAGAACCUGCCAAAAGCAGAGAGACAGCUCUUGGUUCAGCAUUUCCAGAGUAUGGUUGAGGCUCUAGAGGAAGAGGCAGCCACUGAGAAGUUGCAAUUGGUUGAGACACAUCUUGCUCGUGUAGAAGCUUUGCUCAAUGAUCGUCGUCGUGUUGCUUUGGAGAACUACCUCUCUGCAUUACAGGCAGAUCCACCACGUCCUCAUCGGAUCCUGCAGGCCCUGAAGCGCUAUAUCCGAGCAGAGCAGAAAGAUCGGCAGCACACUCUUCGACACUAUCAGCAUGUCAUGGCUGUAGAUCCAGAGAAAGCAGCACAGAUGAAAUCACAAGUGGUGACCCACCUCCGUGUUAUUGAGGAGCGGAUGAACCAGAGCCUGUCUCUGCUUUACCAGGUGCCAUUUGUUGCUGAGGAAAUCCAAGAUGAGAUUGAUGAGCUACUGCAGGAGCAACAUUUCAGUGUGGAUCAGCUUGCUUCCAGCUCAGAAAGUCAAACUGCCUUUGAUUCUGUCGAAGCACCAUUCGUUGACGGCAAACCAUUCCGACCUAUUCAGGUUAAGACAAUGCCAGCUAUCACUGAUGUCCAAGGUUCUGGGAUGAUUGAUCCUGAAGGACUGAUGCCUGAUGAGAAUGCAAUUGGUAGCAGCGAGAACAAUGUUAAUGGAAAUGUGGUGAUUGAUGAAAGUUUUGAUGUGAAAGAAAUGAUUUUCAAUGCAGAACGUGUCAGUGGAGAAGACAACAUGGACACUGAUGGGAAUAUUCAAGACGGCUUCAGCUUAAGUAGCAGUGCUCUUAUUGGCAUGUUAGUGAUCGCAGUUGCAGUAGCCACAGUAAUUGUCAUCAGCUUGGUGAUGCUGCGCAAGAGGCAAUAUGGCACUAUCAGCCAUGGCAUUGUAGAGGUUGACCCCAUGUUGACUCCAGAGGAGCGCCACCUGAACAAGAUGCAAAAUCAUGGUUAUGAAAACCCAACCUACAAGUAUCUGGAGCAGAUGCAGAUCUAACACCAGAUGCUAAAUCGGGCCAAAUGCAACACAUUCAGCCAACCUUCCAACUACUGAACUGUAAUCUUAGAGGUCUCCAUUUCACAUACACAAUUCAGAGUGUAAAACACUUAUUACUGUAGAUUGUAAGAUUCCCAUUCUUUUAAAUGGGCUUGAAAUGUAAUACAAUAUAUAUGAUGUAUAAUCGUAAGAAAGUCUAUUACCUGAUGAAUUAUAGUUAUUUCCUUUUUAAAAUUAUUGUAAAUCAGUUUUAUUUGUGUGUCACAAAGAUCUAUAAAUAGAGGCUGUAGAUUUCUACUUAAUGGAGCACCAUAUGUGAAGGGGAUUUGUACUGAUUUAUCUCAUGGAACCUGCAGGAGUUUCUGCUGUAAUCUAUGUUUAAAUGGUUAACACUGUGAUAGGCAGCUGACCAGGAGGUGAUCAUUCCAUUUUUCAUUGUGCGUCUGUGUAAUUGUAAAUUCACGUCGCAAUUUCUGAGGUUCUGAAAACCUGUGGCUUGUUUCCCCUGCACAUUCCUUAUUUGUUUUGUCAAAAUAUGCACAUUUUUCAGUUGUAUUACUGUGGUAGCUUUAACUUGCAGGGCUACUGAGGGCAAACUCAUCAAUAAACUUUACUUCCAGAAAUGUG